AUGGGUGCCGGAACGCGCCACCGUCGUGGCAGCGAAACGGGUAAUCCAAUUGGGUUUGGACAGGUGUUUGUGGGGUUCGAGGUCGUCAAUCCGAAGGAGAAGUUCUUAAAAGCGCAACUGCGGCUGGGCGGGCCCGCUGUGUUCGAAAAGAGGUUUCAUGGGCGAGCAUGGGGGCGAGAAAAAAUGAAAUCUUCCCCGUCCUUGGCGAUUCCUGCUUCCGGAGGGUUCGGGCCGGCGUCUGUCGCUCUGCCUGCGCGGUGGUCCUCUUCAGUUUAUUUUCUUGGUUUGCGGAGGGUGGGGUUUGUCUUCGGUUACUUCGCGAAGGGCCUGCGGUACGGCGGUUGGCGAGGACCGGUUUCUGGGUUUUCGGGCGUUUGGCGAUCGUGGUCCGUGCGCGCUGAAGGUAGGGUCGUGGUUUCUUGA